AUGGAUGUCACAGCCCUACGAGACCGCAUCCAGUCGACGCUGGACGCAAAUGCGGAAAUUCGUCAACAGGCGGAGCUGGAUCUGAAAUAUGCCGAAACGCAGCCCGGGUUCAUCAAUGCCCUACUGGAUAUUCUGCAGGGGGAGCAGAAUAAUGCCAUUCAACUGUCGGCCGGCGUGUACUUGAAGAACCGCAUCACCCGAGGAUGGUCACCUGCCGAAAACACCUCCCACUACCAAUCGAGAAUCCCCGCAGAGGAGAAACCGGGGUUCAGGGAGCGCCUGAUUCCCGCUCUCGCAUCCGCACCGGCCAAUGUCCGUAACCAGCUGGUUCCCCUCCUCCAAAAAAUCCUGCAGCACGACUUCCCCGGGGAAUGGCCGGGAUUCUUGGACUUGACUCUGCAGUUGUUGGGUACCCAUGAAGCCAAUACCGUCUACGCGGGCCUGCAGUGUCUGUUGGCCGUCUGCCGCACGUACCGGUUCAAGGCAGGAGAGAAGCGCGAUGAGUUUGAUAAGAUUGUGGAGCAUUCGUUCCCGCAGCUGCUCAGCAUUGGAUCUAAACUCGUCGAUGAGGAAAGCUUGGAGGCUGCGGAGAUGCUGCGCAUCGUCGUGAAGUCGUAUAAGCAUGCAAUUUAUUUCGAACUCUCGCCGGCUCUCCAAACUCAUCAGGCAACUGUUGACUGGUGCACCCUGUUCCUGCGAAUCGUUGCCAAGACACCUCCGGCGAACGGAAUGGGAGAUUCGAAGGAAGAGAGGGAGCUGAACCACUGGUGGAAGUGCAAGAAAUGGUCAUAUGCCAACUUGAACCGUCUGUUUGUCAGAUACGGCAACCCUACCACCAUGACCAAAUCCUCCACCCCCGACUACACGCAGUACGCGAAGACCUUCAUCAGCACAUUCGCUCCCGAGAUCCUCAAGGGAUACCUGCAGGAAAUUGACAAGUGGGUUUCCAAUACCCAAUGGCUCAGCACGCCGGCACUCUCCUAUACCUUGGCCUUCAUGGAGGAGUGUGUCAAACCGAAGGCAAUGUGGGAUCACUUGAAACCGCACAUGGACAACCUGAUUGCGCACUUCGUUUUCCCGAUUCUGUGCCAGUCGGAUGAGGACAUCGAGAUGUUCGAGGAUGACCCGUCGGAAUACCUCCACCGGAAAUUGAACUAUUACGAGGAAGUGUCGGCCCCCGACCUUGCUGCCACGAAUUUCCUGGUCACCCUCACCAAGAACCGGAAGAAGCAGACCUUUGCUAUCCUCACCUUUGUCAAUGGAAUUGUGAGCAAAUAUGAGUCUGCCCCGGAUGACCAGAAGCUCCCCCGGGAGAAGGAGGGUGCUCUGCGGAUGAUUGGCUCCCUCGCAUCGGUUAUUCUGGGCAAGAAGAGCCCGAUUGCGGACCAGGUCGAGUACUUCUUCGUCCGUCAUGUUUUCCCCGAGUUCCGCAGCCCCCAUGGAUUCCUCCGUGCUCGUGCCUGUGACACUUUGGAGAAGUUCGAGCAGCUUGACUUUAAGGACCCCAACAACCUCAUGGUCAUUUACCGGAAUAUCCUGGAGUCAAUGACCGAUUCGGAACUGCCCGUCCGUGUGGAGGCUGCUCUUGCUCUGCAGCCUCUUAUUCGCCACGACAUCAUCCGGACCUCGAUGCAGCAGAAUAUCCCGCAGAUCAUGCAGCAGCUCCUGAAGUUGGCCAACGAGGUCGACGUGGAUGCUCUGGCCAACGUCAUGGAGGACUUUGUUGAGGUUUUCUCUGCCGAACUGACGCCCUUCGCUGUGGCUCUGAGUGAGCAGCUGCGCGAUACCUACAUGCGUAUUGUGGGCGAGCUCUUGGAGAAGAACUCCAACAAGAACGGAGAAGAGGAUACCUAUGGUGACUUCUUGGAUGACAAGAGCAUCACCGCGUUGGGCGUGUUGCAGACCAUUGGCACCCUCAUUCUCACUCUGGAAAGCACCCCUGACGUGCUCCUGCAUCUCGAGACUGUUCUCAUGCCCGUCAUCAGUAUCACGCUCGAGAACAAGCUCUAUGAUUUGUACAAUGAGGUUUUCGAGAUCAUCGACAGCUGCACCUUUGCCUCCAAGUCCAUCUCCCCCACUAUGUGGCAGGCAUUCGAAUUGAUCCACAAGACUUUCAAAGCUGGCGCGGAGCUGUAUCUGGAAGAUAUGCUGCCCGCGCUUGACAACUUCAUUGCCUACGGCUCAGAGAUGCUCGUACAAAACCCUGCGUAUCUUAAUGCUGUGGUGAGUAUGGUGGAGGAUAUCUUUACCGACGAAAAGGUCGGCGGCGUGGACCGGAUCUGCGGGUGCAAGCUCGCAGAGACCCUGAUGCUGAACCUCCGUGGUCACAUCGACCAGUACAUUCAUAUCUUCAUCACCCUGGCCAUGCGGGUCAUCGAUUCAGGAGAAGCCCGGACCAAGUCCUACCGGAUCCACCUGAUGGAGAUGGUUAUCAAUGCCAUCUACUACAACCCCGUUCUCAGUCUCCAAAUCCUGGAAGCCAACGGCUUGACGAACAAGUUCUUCAGCGCCUGGUUCUCGAAUAUCGAUAACUUCCGGAGAGUUCACGACAAGAAGCUGUCGAUUGCUGCCAUCAGCUCGCUCCUGACUCUGCCGGCGGAUAGUGUUCCAGAGAGUGUUCAACAGGGCUGGCCAAGAUUACUCCAGGGUGUGACAAGGCUGUUCCAGACCUUGCCUGCUGCCCUUAAGCAACGCGAGGACGCUACCCGAGAGUCCGAUUUCACGCUCGAAGACGAUGAUGAAGACGAUGAGGACAACGACUGGGAUGGCGAAGUCGAGUGGAACGAGGACGAGGCUGAAGAGGCUGUGGAUGGAGAUGUAGCCGACGAGAGCGCCGCAUACCUCGAGUUCCUCAACCAGGAGGCGGCGAAGUUUGGCUCGUUCGCUGAUGAUGACGACGACGAUCUGGACGAGGAGAGUCUCCUCGAGACACCUCUUGACAAGGUGGAGCCUUACGGCAUGUUCAAGCAUGUUUUGCUGAACCUUCAACAAGAGCAGCCCCAGCUCUAUGAGAACCUGACCAAGGUCCUUGGUCCUGAAGAACAGCAGGUCAUUCAGGCUGUCUUCCACGAAGCCGACGCCAAGGCCAUGGCGGCCGCCGCCAAUGCCGAAGCCGCCGCCGCGGCGGGCAUGCAGUCCAAUGGCAACCAAUAG